AUGCUUGUUCCGCAUAACACACUCUUUAAAAUCGUCAAGCGCGGCCGAAGCCGUUUAAAAAAUCCUUUCUUUACUUUAGCUAUUGCUGCUGCUGCAAUUGCGGCGGUUACGGCGGCUAUACUACGCACUUUUACUUUCGAAGCUUCGCCCCUUCUUUUAAACCUUCUUAUUAAGCGCUUGCUUAUACUAACGACCGUCAAAGCUUUAAGCAAUUGUACCGUUGCUUCUGCCGCUAUCAACACCGCUUUCGAUAACUUCCUCGCCUUAAAUGCUACCUUUUUAAGAGGUGCUGCUAGUGGUCCGGGCGGUUUAGCGAGUAGAAGUAAAGGUUUUAAAAGUAGUCUCGGUAGCCUUGCAAGUUUUGCUCUUGCUCUUAAGACCUUUAAUUUAAAUAUAGCCUUUGUUAGAUUAAAUGGUUCUAUAGCAGCAAACCGUAGUCCGGUGACGCGGAGCGCUUCGAGCAUGUCACUCUUUCCUCUUGCGCUUGCCGCCUUUGUUGCUCUCGUCGCUUUCGCUGCUCCCGUCGCUUUCGCAGCUCUCGUCGCUCUCGUCGCACUCGUUGUCGUCGCUCCUUUUGCGCUAGUCGUUGCGCUUGCCGUUCCCGCGGCGGCGCUCGCCGUUGCUAUGACUUUUGCGAAGCGCCGAGCUAAACAUAUGCGUACUAUUAAAGCUUCUCGACUGACGCGCGAGCGUCUUAUAAAUUUAAGAGCUUAA